GUCUAAACAAAAUUCCAGCGCCACCAAACUGGGUCAGUCGCAGCGAGCGCCGAGUGUAUGCUUUCUCUGUUUUCCCUCCUCCCUCGUUCUAUUUCUUUCUUCAACUUCAGCAAGCUUUUGCAAUUCCCUUUCUGUUAAACAAAACAAGAAAUGGAAAAGGAAAAUCAGAGUACUGGCAAAAGAAGCAACCUGAAACCAUCUUCUGCCCAAAAGAUUUUUGGAGCCGACAUGCUGCAAAUCCAUGGAGACGACGCUUCCUGCGUAAUUGGGAGUAUCAUCGAAAAGGGUAUUUCAGAAAACCCACAAAACAAGCCUCUGACGCCAACUCCACCACCUAAAGUUACCGUUUUACCUUUCCCUGUCGCUCGCCACCGGUCUCAUGGACCCCAUUGGGGUCCAAUGAGGAGUACAAAUGUUACUGAAGAUGAUGAAGAUGGUGAGGAUGAGGAUGAUAAUGAUUCAACAGAGGUUGAUUUUAUAUCAGGUUAUGCAAAUCCAGUACAGAGGAGGCAGAAAAAAGGUUUGGAUCUUAGACAUUGGAGAGAUUUAAUCCCAAGUGAUAAUCUAUUGGAUAGUAAUAAGGCGGAAGGAAAUAGACCAAAGUUGAAUAGGACAGUAAAACAAAAGAAAGACGGAGAAGUAGUUGAUAACAUGGACAAGAAAAACAAAUCAAGUGAUCCUUCUCUAGUUGGUAAUACUUCAAUGGAAGUGGAUGCAUAUCAGGAUUCAAGUUCUUUUGUGCCUCCUACUACAAAGGGGGUCAAGUCAAGUGAUAUUGAUGCUGGGGCUGAUAUGGAAAUAGAUGACUUGCAUCAACUAAAUGUUCAGGACAAUAAUAGAAAGGCCAGCUCUAGUUUCUCCAGAAGUGAAUCAAGAUCCAUGGAAAGUAUUCCAAAUAAUGGUAUAGCGAAAGGAAAGCUUGAGAACAUGGAGAAGAUGGAUCCUGCAUUCGUAGAUAUGGUAACUAAGCGAGGGCAGAAAACAUCAACAAUGGUUUCUAGCUCUAGUUUAAGCAAUUUCGGAAAGGAAGAAGGAUCUAUGUCUCUUGAGAGUGAGAUUGAUGUUGAGAAUCGUGCACGGUUAAAGAAAAUGUCACCUGAAGAGAUUGCAGAAGCACAAACUGAAAUAAUGGAGAAGAUGGACGCUGCACUGAUCAACUUACUGAAAAAGCGAGGCCAAGAUAAAUUGAAGCUGCAAAAUCUUUCAAGGUCAGAUAAACGUACUGGUGCUGAACUUGGUAAUACAAGUGAGAGUCAAACAAGCAAGAGGUCAAACGUUUCUUCUCAUGUAACGAGUGAUAGUUGUGAAACAAGGACAAUAAAUACCUCAACAGAUACAAAAAAUAGGCCAGAGAAUGGGUUGGUGCAGGAUUUAGGCCCAAGUGAUGGAAAUUUGUGGAAUAGGUGGAGUGAGAGAGUUGAGGCUGUCCGGAGAUUGAGAUUUUCUCUGGAAGGGAGUGUUAUUUCAGGUGAAUUAGAGACGGGUGAUAUAUCAAUUGACAAUGUGGAGAGUGCUUUAAACGUUACUGAACGUGACUUUCUGCGGACGGAGGGAGACCCUGGUGCAGUGGGUUACACAAUCAAAGAAGCUGUACAACUCACUAGGAGUGUGAUUCCUGGACAACGGGGCCUUGCAUUGCAUCUUCUUUCCUCAGUGCUUGACAAGGCAAUACACAACAUUCAACACAAUCAAGUUGGUUGCACAGUGAAAAAUGCUAAUCUGGUGGACAAGUUGAUUGAUUGGGAGGCUAUUUGGGCUUAUGCACUUGGCCCAGAACCUGAGCUUGUUUUAUCAUUAAGGAUGUGUCUUGAUGACAACCAUAGUUCAGUAAUUUUAGCUUGUGCAAGAGUUAUUCAGUGCAUACUGUGUUGUGAUUUGAAUGAGAAUUUCUUUGAUAUCUUUGAGAAAAUAGCUGUGCAUGAGAAGGAUAUCUUCAUUGGCCCUGUAUUUCGAAGCAAACCAGAGAUCAAUGCUGGUUUCCUCCAUGGUGGCUUUUGGAAGUAUAAUGCCAAACCUUCUAACAUUCUAACUUUCACUGAGGAUGUCAUUGAUGACGAGACUGAAGGGAAACAUACAAUUCAGGAUGAUAUUGUUGUUGCAGGUCAAGAUUUUGCUGCUGGUUUGGUUAGGAUGGGAAUUCUUCCUAGGUUGCAGUGUCUUUUGGAGGCUGACCCUAACACAGCUUUGGAAGAGUGCAUAAUUUCUAUACUUGUUGCAAUAGCGAGGCAUUCCCCAACAUGUGCAGAGGCAAUUAUGAACUGCCAAGGACUAGUCCAUACAGUUGUCCACAAAUUUACUAUGGGAUACGCUAAAGAAAGUCAUGCUUCUAAGAUAAAAUCUGUUUGUCUUUUGAAGGCAUUGGCUCGAUCUGACAAGAAGAAUUGCUUAAAGUUCCUGAAGAAUGGAUCUUUUCAGGCUAUAAUCCAGCAUUUAUUUCAAUGUACUUCCUCCCUUGACCAGUGGUUGAAGUCUGGGAAGGAAAAUUGUAAACUUUUGUCUGCUUUGAUGGUUGAACAACUUCGAUUUUGGAGGGUCUGCAUUGAUUAUGGGCUCUGUAUAUCAUAUUUUUCAGAUAUCUUCCCUGCCUUGUGCUUGUGGUUGCAUCCACCUACAUUCAAUAAACUUCAGGAGAACAAUGUUGUUAAUGAAUUUUUGUCUAUCUCUAGAGAAGCAUAUCUUGUUUUGGAGGCUUUGGCUAGAAAACUUCCACGUUUCUAUUCAAAUAAGCACCUAAACAAUCGAAUCUCAGAUUGUGCUGGUAAUGAACAGGAAACCUGGUCUUGGAGUUUUGUGACUCCAAUAGUUGAUUUAGCUUUGAAGUGGAUAGCAUCGAAGGAUGAUCCUUAUGUUUCUAAAUACUUUGAGAGAGAAAAAGGAUUUCAGAGACGCUUUGUUUCCCCUGAUUCAUCAGAUGUCUCUUUGUUGUGGGUGUUUUCAGCUGUCAUGCAUAUGCUUUCCACAUUGCUCGAAAAAGUGAACCCCGAGGAAACCAUGGGCCCUCAAGGAAGUAUCAAGAGUGUUCCAUGGUUGCCAGAAUUUGUUCCUAAGGUUGGACUUGAAAUAAUUAAAAACCAGUUUUUGAGUGUCAAUGGCGCAGAGUUACCAGAUGAUAUUGAUGAAGGUGGCACCUUCAUUGAGGAACUUUGUCGUUUUAGACAGCAAAGCAAAUCUGAAUCAUCCGUAGCUUCCGUUUGUUGCCUUCAUGGACUUCUCCGGGUUAUUACUUCAAUUGAUAAAUUGAUCAGUUUGGCUAAGGGUGAUAUACGUAACCCUCCAUCCCAAGGAUUUAAUUUAUCCAGAGAAGGGAAAAUUCUCGAGGAUGGGUUACUGAAAUGGUCUCUGGUUGAAUGGAACGGUGUUCUCAAUGUUUUUAUGAAGUUGGUAGGAUCAGAGUGGCACUUUGUGCAGUCAAUUGAGAUUUUUAGUAGAGGAGGACCUGCUCCAGGCGUGGGUCUUGGCUGGGGUGCCUCUGGUGGAGGAUUUUGGUCAGUGACUGUUUUGAUGGCUCAAACAGAUGCAAGAUUACUAAUUUAUGUGCUUGAAAGAAUCCAAAUGGCAUCUAGCAUAGAAUCACCAACAGAUGAAGAGAUGGUUGCUGCUAUGCAUAGGGUUAAUUCUGUCUUAGGGGCAUGCUUAACUUUUGGGCCAAAGGAUAGAGUCGUGAUGGAGAGGGCAUUCGACAUUUUGCUUCAAGUCCCCACUCUCAGAUAUCUUGGAUUCUGUGUACAGCGGUUUCUCCAAUCGAAUACGAGGAUGAAAGAGUUUAGAUGGGAAUAUAAAGAAGAGGACUACUUUCUAUUCAGUGAGAUGUUAGCUUCUCACUUCAAAAAUAGAUGGUUGUCUGUCAAGACAAAAUUGAAGGCCAAAGACGAAAAUAAUUCUUCUGUGCACACAAAUCUUAAGAGGGGUAAAGUUUAUCUGGAAACCAUACAUGAGGACUUGGACACUUCAAAUAUGAGUAUGACAAGUCAAGCUCAAUACUGCAAUUCUUUGAUGGUAGAGUGGGCUCACCAGAGAUUGCCACUUCCAAUGCAUUGGUUUCUAAGUCCUAUUUCAACCAUUUCUUACGACAAACAUGCUGGUCUUCAAAAUUCUUCUAGCGUACCUAAUCUCAUAAAGGAGUCCAGUGAUAUAAUUGAAGUUGCUAAAGGUGGGCUUUUCUUUCUGCUAGCUAUGGAAGCCAUGUCUACUUUCUUAUCCGCUGAUGUCCACUCUCCUAUUUGCAGUGUACCACUGGUUUGGAAAUUUCAUUCAUUAUCUGUCAUAUUACUUGUUGGAAUGGAUGUGCUUGAUGAUGACAAGAGUAAGGAUGUUUAUGAAACCUUACAAGACAUCUAUGGUCAUCUUCUUAAUGAAGCAAGAUUUAAUAAAAGUAAUAAGCACAGUGUGGAUGAAAAUGUGAAGUUAUUGCUGGAAAGCGAGAAGAAACAUAGUCUGGACUUUUUGAGGUUUCAGUCAGAGAUUCAUGAGAAUUACUCUACAUUUCUUGAAGCACUAGUUGAGCAGUUUGCUGCUGUAUCUUAUGGUGAUUUGGUUUUUGGUCGUCAAGUUUCUGUAUAUUUACACCGUUGCACUGAAGCAGCUGUGAGACUUUCUGCCUGGAAUGCAUUGUCUAAUGCUCGUGUUCUUGAAAUUCUGCCACCAUUGAAGGAAUGCAUUGCGGAAGCAGAAGGGUACCUUGAACCUAUUGAGGAUAAUGAAGGCAUUUUGGAAGCGUACAUGAAGUCUUGGAUUUCUGGUGCUCUUGAUAGAUCUGCAGCUCGAGGAUCGAUGGCAUUUACUCUUGUGCUGCACCACCUUUCAUCUUUCAUUUUCCAUGUUCACAGUCACGAUAAUAUCUCUCUACGAAAUAAGCUCGUAAAGUCUCUUCUGAGAGACUACUCCCAGAAGCAAAAGCAUGAGGGAAUGAUGCUGGACAUUAUACAGUAUUGCAAACCUAAUCCUCACCUGCCUGAGGAUAGUUCGUCGCAGCAGAGCAUAAAUAUUGACAAAAGGUUUGAAGUACUAUCAGAAGCUUGCGACCGGAAUUCCUCCCUUUUGGCUGAAGUUGAGAAACUAAGGUCUGCAUUUGUAAAGAAAUUUAAUUCUGUGAAAUAACUCAAGUCUGUUGUGUAUAGAGGAAGAGCAAGAACAGAAAAAGACACAGAUGAACCUACAAUACUUAGCUUCAAUGAAUAUGAUCAGUCUAUGACAUAUCAUGAGGAAUCCAUAAAUUAAUUUUCCAAUCAAAAGCUGAGCAAGAUGAUUUCAGAUUUCCACAUGAGGUGGGGUUGAAGUCAUCAUUCUUAGUAUAAUUUAUAGGGAAUGAGAAAAAGCCUGUAAAGUCCUGGUAACUGUGAACCAUAAUUCAUAUCAGCAAGUGAUCACAUCUGUAUGGUAUUUUUUGCCAAGUAAGAAUCCUGAACUCUAUUAAUUGCAUUGAAUGAUGUAUGUAUAUAUGAAAAUAUUGGCUUUA